UUCACUGGGCAUAUGUGAUUCAAACAGAAACGUCAACAAUUCGUUAUAGACAACAAUCUGUUGAAUAAGACGAAAUAAUGGCUACAAAGGAGAUCUGAGCUGAGGAUGUAAACAAACACACGCAACUGGCCCACGUCGUUAUGUGUGAUGAGGCACCAUGUUAAUUUGGCUAACUAACAUCGAGUCUUCCCAACAGUAAGGAUGGCAGAGGAAGGCGAAGCAAACACAGAGGGCAGAAAGAAGCUAGCUUACACCUUCCCUAUCGUCAGACACACGGACAUGCCCAAGCACAUGAAGAUAGAGGCCAUUUCGCUGUGCAUGACGGCCUUCGAAAAGUUCCCCGACAACAACGAGAGCGCAGCGCAGCUGGUGAAAGACGCCAUGGACAAGAAGUUCGGCACUGCGUGGCACGUCGUGAUCGGCGAAGGCUUCGGCUUUGGGCUCACUCAUGAGGCCAAUAAUCUGCUCUAUAUGUUCUUCGGAGGGAGUUUGGCGGUUUGUGUUUGGAAGUGCUUCUAGCGUUCUUGUCUUCAGACAUGGUCAUCGAUGUUGGAAACAUUUGAACAGUGCGUUCAGAUUCAACCUGCAUUGUAACAAGUGCGGAAGACAUUUGGCUACUUCCUUGUUUACAUCGACUUUCUUCUUCACGUAUUUCCACUUGGCAGCAUUUGCUUGUACUAGCACCACCUACCGGAUGGCGUGUAGAACACAGGAAAACAAUUGACAAAGCAUUAUUUUCUUGACAUUUUUGAAAGUUUGCCUUGCAAAACUAUCACAUUUUUGAAUUAUUAAAAAGUACAAUAUAUAGUAAAAAUAUAUAAUGAAACAAUUACCAUUGAUUUCAAGCGCACGAUUGCACCACCUCUGUGAAAUGCAAAACUUGGAACAAAAAACAUGCUGAAAUUACAUAAAAUUAAAUAUGUUUAAAAUGCUCUCUGCUUUGCUGAUGGUUGGCUCAUAUAAACCUCAACACCCUGAUUAUAAAGUGACAUGUGUUUUACAAACCCACGUCAAAGGGAAACAAUAUGGUCUUAUAUUUGGGUCAAUACAAUAAUUGGACAUAACCCCUAAUAUUUUUCAACAUAUGCUAUAACAAGUUGAACACAUACAUGUAACUAAAAUUAUAGGACUGACUUUGACUUGACUUGGAAUUGUAUGUGUAGCCACUUGAGGGGAUACAUAUACAAUUGUUUUGUCCUUUAAAAAAAUACUUUUAUUGUGUAUUCAUUUGUCAACAGUAUUUUGACAACUGUAUUGCCUUUAAAGCGAUA